AUGGUUGCUAUACAACACCCAGAGAGUCGGUUUGCCCUGGUUAAUCUUCCUCAGUUCCCCUCCGAUAAAACACCACCGUCGGUUCUAUCCACCACCGUUCAGGCUUCAGCCACACUACCCCGCGGAGCCUCUUACUCCACCGUCGUUCGUCGAGUUUUUCCCUCACGCUGUCAUCUGUCGCGUGCGUAUGCAAGCAACAUCGGUGGCUACAAGAAUGAAGGCUUUGUUGAAGUUCUUGCAGCCCAACAAAGUCCUGAGAAUCCCGACUGGUUCCAGGGAAACAAAAUGCAAGCAACUGUAGUUGAAAAAUGGUAUAAACGGUUUGCAAAGUUUCUUGUGGAGAAGGAUUGUUUGAUUAUUAAAAAAGUUCAAGAUUCUUCAAAGUACAAAUAUCUUGACAAUACACUCAAAGGAACCUUUACAUCUAAAAUCAUAGUAACCCGUUGCACUAAUUUUAGCGGUGCACUAUAUGCUUUUUCAUUUUCAAGCUUUGAGGUGCUUACAAGAUGUGAACUUUCUGAAAACACACCAGUUGAUAUCAUUGGCUAUAUUGGUUUUUACUUCCCAAUUGGCGAUAUCGAGAAAAAAGAUGGCACAAAGUCGAAGAAAAUUACUCUUCAACCGAAAGAUUUAGAGCAAAGAACUAUAAGUUUAAUUUUAUGGGAGUCUUAUGCCGAACAAAUGUCAGAUUAUCUUUUGACACACCAAGACGAGACUAAUGUGGUGAUAAUACUUCAUUUUGGGAUGUUCAAGACUCACGAGGGUUUGAAGAUUAAUUCUUUUCAAGUCUUCUUAUAGUUCAAGACUCAUGAGGGUUUGAAUAUUAAUUCUUUACGAUAUUCAAACAAUAUGUCAUUCCCUUU